GUGUACGCCAUAGAAGCGAGUCACAUGGCCGUCGGUGCGCGAACAUUGGCCGAGGGUAACGGCUUCGGUGACCGAUUGAUUGUCAUCAAGGGCAAAGUAGAAGAAGUGGACGUCCCUGAACAGGUGGAUAUGAUCAUCUCUGAGCCGAUGGGCACUCUGUUGGUGAAUGAACGAAUGCUGGAGAGCUAUGUGCACGCGCGUAAGUGGCUUAAGAAGGGCGGCAACAUGUUCCCAUCUCGCGGGGUCAUGUACGCACAGCCGUUCCAGGACGACGAGUUGCAUAUGGAGUGCUUCUCAAAG